UCGACCGUUUUGAAAACAAUCGAUUUGCUGAACAGUCUGGAAAUAUUAAUUUCAAAGUUGAUUUUUGGAAAGCCUCUGCACCGUUUGUUGCUGAGGCAUAUAUACAGAACAAUGUCAGCCGAUAAUGUAAUGUCGAGUUUGGUUACCGGUGAAAACUCUAAAACCGAUAAGCAUAUAGCAUCGGAAAAGGCAUCGAAUAAUCAUCCAGGUGAUGAGAAUGUUCCAGUAGAACUUCCAAGUAAGUUAUCAAAUCUUGAUGUAACAGCGGAAAACAGUCGCGGAUUGAUUGUUGAUUCAACCUCAUCUUUGGCAAAACAAACGCCUGAUUUUUCACAAUUCGAUGACAGUGAAGAUGAAGAACAUUAUCAUAGCGAAGGAGGGGGCGGAUAUGGUUCCGAUACUGUUAGUAUAGAACGAAUCCGACAGUAUUUGUCGGACAAAUUGGGUUUCUACACUUCCGAUAAGUAUGACGAUAAAGAUAGUGCUCCGAGGCGUAAAGUGUUGGAUUCUGUGAAUAUAGAAGGUGUCAUUAAGCAUUGGCGGAAUGGCGGUUUUAAAAAAAUUGUAACAAUGGUUGGAGCAGGAAUAUCAACCUCUGCAGGAAUUCCAGAUUUUCGAUCGCCGGAUACUGGGUUGUACAAUAAUCUUCUAAAAUACAAUCUGCCGUACCCACAGGCAAUCUUUGAACUGGAAUAUUUUUACCAAAACCCAAAGCCAUUUUUUCAAUUAGCAAAAGAACUGUAUCCUGGCACGUUUAAACCAACCCCAUCGCAUUAUUUUGUGAAACUACUUGAAGAAAAGGGGCUUCUGAUACGCCAUUAUACACAAAAUAUAGAUACCCUAGAACGAAUAGCUGGUAUAAGCGCAGAUAAGUUAGUUGAAGCACACGGAACUUUUUUCACAAAUCAUUGUCUACAGUGUAAAGCCGCAUACACUUUGGAAUUUGUAAAAGAUAAAAUUUUUUCGGAUGAAAUACCAACAUGCGCUUGCGGAGGUGUUAUAAAACCGGAUAUAGUUUUCUUCGGGGAAGGACUACCAGAGCGUUUUCAUGUACUACCGCAUAAGGACUUCGCUGAAUGCGAUCUGCUGAUUAUUAUGGGCACAUCUCUAACUGUCCAACCCUUUGCCUCUCUGGUGGAAUAUGUAGGUGAUGAUUGUGUGCGGCUGUUGAUCAACAGGGAUAAGGUGGGUGGCGGGGGUUACGGCCUGUUUCGAGCAAUGAUGUUUGGCGAAGGAUUGUGUUUUGAUUUGCCGGGCAACCGGCGUGAUGUUGCGUGGACCGGAGACUGCGACGAUGGUUGCUUAUUUCUGGCAGAUAAACUAGGUCUAGGGGAUGAACUGCGCCAAAUGAUUACAAGAGAGUAUGCCAAGUUGGAAGUAGUCCGGAAAGAAACAAUGCCGACUUUAUCGUCUGAACAUUCUACGGAUGAUAAUAAGGCACACAAACUAAAAGAUGACUCGGAGCAUUGCAUGGUUAACAAAGAAGUGGCGAAUGAGGCAAAAAUAAGUGCAUGUGCGGAAUCAAGAAUGUAUCCGCAACCCGAAGAAACCGAUGAACGUGCGGAUAAGAAGGCUGUGUCCGAGGGUAUUGAUAAAUGUAAGUGAAGAAGUCAAACAUAUUCGAUUGCCGGUCUGCAGACUAGAAUUCAAAUUUUUGUCAGAUCUUGUGUAUUUUGGGCUACAAUUAUUCAUAUUAUUAACAGACUGGACUCAACAUAGUAAACUUUUGAAAAUUUAUGGCAUUAUCCGCUCAAUUCUUUAAAGUGAUAUACUGGAUAUUUGAUCGCAAUCGCUACUUAAAUUCAAUAAAUGAUUGCUUUGAUCGGCAAUGAAAUCUUAAGAAGAUUAAUGUCACGUAAUGCCUUGCAUGUUGAGUCUCAUUCAGUUUACUGUGAGGAAUAUGUUUUCGGCAAAUCUAAUGACUAUAGGAGUGUAGAUGACACUCCAUGAAAAGUUUUAGUUAUGAAAAAUUAUUUUAAAAAGUUCUAAAAUCUAUUGGACUGUGCACAUUUAGGAUUAAAUGGAAAUUGUGAAUAAAAAAGUGUAACUCUAGAACUAGCAGAUGUUAGUUGUGGAUAAAUAGAAUUUAAGUAGGUAGUUUUGGGUUAAAAAUAUUCAAUAAAUAUU